CGCGGCCCCGCGCCUCAGAGCGAGGUGCGGAGGCGCGCUGAGUGGAGGCAGGGCGCUCCGCAGGGCUCCCCCCGUGCGUUCAAACAGCUCGCUCCGCUCCGCUUCCCUCUUUCCAUCACCGCCUUUCAGCGAUGAAAGCCUUCAGCCCUGUGAGGUCCGUGCGGAAGAACAGCCUCUCGGAGCACAACCUGGGCAUCUCCCGCAGCAAAACCCCGGUGGACGACCCCAUGAGCUUGCUGUACAACAUGAACGACUGCUACUCUAAGCUGAAGGAGCUGGUGCCCAGCAUCCCCCAGAACAAGAAGGUCAGCAAGAUGGAAAUCCUCCAGCACGUCAUCGACUACAUCCUGGACCUGCAGAUCGCCUUGGACUCGCACCCCAGCAUCGUCAGCCUGCACCACCAGCGGCCGGGACAGAGCCCGUCCUCCCGGACCCCGCUGACCACCCUCAACACAGACAUCAGCAUCCUCUCGCUACAGGCAGCCGAGUUCCCCUCAGAACUCAUGUCAAGUGACAGCAAAGCACUUUGUGGCUGAAUCCGACGGUGUUCCACUGAGUGUUUUUUUUUUUUUUUUUUUUUUUUGCACAAGAAAAUGUCUACAAGAUUUUUUUGAGGUGCUGAAUUUAUUUUUCAGCUGUAUCUGGAGGGGGGAAAUCCACGUUAACUAAAAGGACCUUAAAAAUGAUUAAAGAAGAAAAAUCAAGAUUGAUCUUUAUCCCCACCCCAUGCUUCAACUUGGACUGAACCUAGUUAUUUAUGAAGAGACUCUUAAAUACCCUUUCCCUAGUUGGAAGGCUUCCUUUAUAUACUAUUCCCAACGUGGGGAGCGAAACAAAAUCUCACAAGGAGUUGCCCAUUUUAAAGCAGACUUUGCCUUUUUUUCCAAAGGUGGAGCGUGAGUACCAGAAGGAUCCAGUGUUCAGUUUUUUAGGAGAGUCUGUGGUCAGAAAUUACCUUUCUGACACAAACCUAGGACUGAAUGCUGUGUAUAUAUUUAUAUAUAAAUAUAUAUAUAUGAGUGAAACCUUGUGAACUCUUUAAUUAGAGUUUUCUUGUAUAGUGGCAGAAAUGUAAAUUUCUGCAAAAAGUGUAAUGAUGUACUUAAUCAUGCUAAACUUUUUAUAAAAGUUUAGUUGUAAACUUAACCCCUUUUUAUACAAAAUAAAUCAAGUGUGUUUAUUGAACUGAUUGCUGGCUAUUCUUUGGGGACCAACUGUUGGCUGGCUAUGAUUUGUGGUGUUUUUUUUUUUUUAGUACUUAAACAUUCUGUUACAGUUUUACCGAGUAAAAGUUCAAAUAUGUAGAGAAUACAAAGAAUAAAAUUACCUGAAGUGAAUAAUAA